AUGAAAUUCUUCAUCAUCGCCGCUCUCAUCUCGCUGGCCGCUGCCAACCCUGCUCUGCUCGUCGGCCACGGUGGCCUGGGAGGUUAUGGCCUCGGAGGUGGUCUCGGCGGCUACGGAAAUGGCCUCCUCCUUGACGGUGGUCUUGGCCUCGCCGGUCACGGCGCCGCCCCAGCCGGCCUUGGAGGCCACGGUUUCGGCCAUGGAGGACACUUCUCGCCAAUGCCCGUGCAGACCAUCCAGCUGGUGCCCGUGCCGCAGCCCGUACCAGUUGCCCAGCCCAUUCCCGUUGAUAAGCCGUACGCCGUGCCCAUUGACAAG